AUGCAGUUGGUUUCUUUUUCUCAAAACUUACCUCCUGCAGCCUUUGAAGACCGUCUGCAUCUGCUUUAUUUUGUCAACGAUUUACUAUUCCAUGGAGUUGCACAACAACUAGCAGUGUUGAUAAAUUACUCCUUGCUGGACAGUAUCGAUCCAUUAUUUAUUUUGGCAGUUCAGGCCGCAUAUCAGAAUCCUUUGAAUUACGACAUGCAUUUGAUUGUUCAGGGCAGAAUUUUGAGUCUUCGCAAGUUGAUUGAUAUUUGGCAUGCAAAGAGCAUGCUGAAUCCAAUUCAGAUUGACACUCUUUAUCGAAUCGUUAGCACUGUUCCUCCUUCACAGGAAGAUAUAGAGCGAGAGCGAUUGAGACAAGUUCAGAUUCAAGCUGAUCAAAGACUCCAUCAGCUUAAAGAACAGCAAAGACUGAAGGAACAGCAAGAACUUGAACUGAAAUUAAAGGAGCAGCGUGAUGCCUACUUUAAAGAGUUGGAUGAAUUACUCGACGAUAAAUUGGCUGAAGAAUUGCCAUCAAGUAUCAUGUUACAAGUAAUCCAAGAAUCCAAUUUGCCUCCUGGAACACCCGUUACUGUUGCAUCAAUGGUAGAAAUGUCUAGACGGAGGUAUAUGCCUUCAACUGAUCGAGACUGGAAAGCUAUCAUGACUGAUUUCGAUAUGGGAUUGCAAUGCUUCAAGAUAAAGUUGUGUGCAAAUGAUGACCAGAAAGAUGCACAACUAAAUAUGGGAGAUAAUACAGGUGUGACAAAGGCCGCUAUAGCCAAGUUUUCAGACGAAGGAUGGGAGUCGGAAUAUCUGAAUACAUGGAUUCAGCAUAACAAGCAGCGACUUCAAGGUGGAGAUUGGUCUAUGAAAAAGGAUAACACUUUUCGCUCGCAUCGAGCGCAUAGUCCUGUUGAAACUCAUACACUUUCUAAACCAUCGGAUCACUCUCCUCGACCCAUAUUGGGAAGAGGCGGUGAAUCAUCUGGAUCUUGGAGCGAUGUUCCUCUGUCUCGGUACGCAAAGGACGAUGCUGCUGGAUCUGGGAGUAAAAACCCAGUCUUGCAUGGAUCGUUUUCUAAAAAGUAUCAAGUCGAACGAGUGCGCUCCAGAUCAAGGUCUAGAUCGAGGUCUCGCUCUCGUUCCUACUCAAGAUCUCGCUCCAGAUCCAGUCGCUCUUCGUCGCUUUCUAGACGCUCUAGACUAUCUCGAUCAGCAAGUUCUCGCUCUCGUUCUAGAUCUAGAUCUAGGUCUUUUUCACCAAAACGCUACACUACUUCCCGUCAACGACACCCGCCAGACUCACCCAACUGGUCCCGUUACCAGUCAGAGUCGCGCAGUAGGAGUCGAUCACGAGCUAGACAACAAUCUUACGAGCGACCAGUGGGUGUGGGUUCAAAGACCGCUAUACAUACUAGUGGAGCAUUUCCUACACCCAACCCUAAUUCUCGACCACUUACUGGACUCCAAUCUUUUGGAGAAAAUGCAGGUUAUUCUCACAGUGGUGAUAUGAUCACAGCACCUGAAUUGACAGAUCAUGCAUUAGAGGCAUAUAGACGCCAGCAAAGUGCUGCAAAGCUGUCUCGCGGACGAGGUGAACCUCAAGCAUCCAAUCCCAUAUCUGGUACAAGCGGAUCCUCAUGUUACAAAUGUGGUCUUGUUGGGCACUAUGCUCGUGAAUGCCCCACUUGA